GUUCAUGACAGGCGUUUUGCGGCAGAGCUGGUAGGAGGACGCACGGAAGGCCAGUCUCAAUGAUCUCUACUCCCUCGGAAGAGCAUCGGAGAACGCUCUCCUUCGUUUCUCUCUUUACCCCUUUCUCGCGAAGCGUCGUUGUGUGCGGAAGUCUUGCGCUUUGGGCUUUACCUCCUACCUGAGGCUCUUCCGCUUCCGCUUUUCCUCCAGGUCCCGCCCCCCGCGGCGUCUCCGUAGCCAUGACGACCGGCUCGCGGGACUCCCUAGUGUGGAAGCUCGCGGGGCUGCUGCGGGAGUCGGGGGACGUGGUCCUGGCGGGCUGCAGCACCUUGAGCCUGCUGACUCGCACCCUACAGCAGCUGAACCAUGUAUUUGAGCUGUACCUGGGGCCAUGGGGCCCUGGCCAGAAGGGCUUCGUGGCUCUGCCUUCCCACCCUGCUGACUCCCCCAUCAUCCUCCAGCUGCAGUUCCUCUUCGAUGUGCUGCAGAAAACUCUUUCCCUCAAGUUGGUUCAUGUCCCUGGGCCUGGCCUCCCUGCACCCAUCAAGAUUUUCCCUUUCAAGUCCCUGCGCACACUGGAGCUCCGAGGCAUCCCUCUCAGCCGCCUCCAUGGCCUCCGCAGCAUCUAUUCCCAGCUGGAGACUCUGAUCUGCCACAAGAGCCUCCAGGCCCUAGAGGACCUCCUCUCCUCUUGUGGAGGUGACUUCUGCUCAGCCCUGCCCUGGCUGGCUCUGCAGUCUGCAGACUUCAGCUACAACACACUCACAGCCUUAGACAGCUCUCUGAGUCUCCUGUCAGCCGUGCGCUUCUUGAACCUGAGCCACAACCGAGUCCAGGACUGUGAGGACUUCUUGAGGGACCUGUCAGAACUCUGCCACCUGGAUAUUUCCUAUAACCACCUGCUUUUCGUGCCGAGAAUGGGCCCUUCCAGGGCUGCACUGGGGACACUGAUCCUGCGGGGCAAUGAGCUCCAGAGCCUCCAUGGCCUGGAGCAGUUGCAGCAGCUGCGGCAUCUGGACCUGGCCUACAACCUGCUGGAGGCCCAUGUGGAGCUGGGCCCACUGCACCUGCUGACUGAGCUACGCAAGCUCUACCUCGAGGGCAACCCCCUGUGGUUUCACCCUUUGCACCGGGCAGCCACCGCCAGCUACUUGUCUCCCCGAGCCAGAGACAAGGCAUCUGGGUUUCUUCUAGAUGGCGAAUGCUUAUCCCUCAGUGACCUCCAGGCCUCUACCUCCUCUGAGCUGGGUCCUGCCACCCCCGUUGGGUCCUGGCUGGUGGGGAGCGCCACUGAGACCUCUGCCGGUGCCGACCUGAGUGACAGUCCCUCAUCAGGGGCUGCACCCCCACUCCGCAAGGCCAAGAACCGUGUGCGUGUGAGGAGGGCCAGUAUCUCAGAGCUCAGCGAUACAGACCCCGAACCUCGUACUCUAGAUCCCUCCCCGGCUAGCUGGUUUGCCCAGCAGCACCGGGAGCUAGAACUCAUGAACAGCUUCCGUGAACGGUUUGGCCAGGAUUGGCUGCAGUACCGGAGUCAUCUGGGGACCCCAGGCACCCCUGUCCUGGUGGACUCUCUACCCCCCGCCCCCGGCCCACUGUCCAUGGAUGGCCUGGACCCUGAGGCACCUCCAGGCUCUGUGCUUCCUAAGGAGGCCCUGCAGGACAUGGAUGAAGAACCUGGGGUUCAGCUAGAACCCCAGGAGGAAGAGAAGCUGGAAGAGCACGUGGAGGAAGAGAAGGAAGAGGAAGAGGAGCUAGAGUUGAGUGAAGGGGAAGCAGAGCUGUGUCGUCCUAUCUUAGUGUGCCCCCUGGAGGGGCCCCAGGGUGUGCGGGGCCGAGAGUGUUUCCUUCGGCUCACCUCGGGCUACCUGCUGGAGGUGGAGCUUCAGGCAGCUCGGGUCUUGGAGCGGCUGGAGUUGGGGAGCCUGGAGGAGGCUGGGAUGGAAGCAGAACUGGAACCAGAACCUGUGGCCCAGGCCUCUGAGCAGCCCCCAAGACCCCCCAUUCUCACUCUGCGCUUUUCCUACAUCUGCCCCGCCCGGCACUUCCGACGCUAUGUGAUUCUGGAGCCCGAUGCCCAUGCAGCCAUCCAGGAGCUGCUCGCCGUGCUGACCCCAGUGGUCACUUCAACAAGGUGUCACCUAGGAGAGAAAAAUGGGUCCCCCCGGGGCCAUCUACAGUGUCUGCGGUGUGGUCACGAUUUCAAAGCUGAGGAGCCGGGCUCGUUCCAGAAGGCAGACCUCCCUGUAGUGUGUCCCAACUGUGGCAGUGACCAUGUGGUACUCCUGACAAGGCCUGCGGGCCCUCCUCUCGGAGACUUCCCAGAACUGGCUGCUCCCUCACAGUCCCCAAGCUCCAUCCAGGAUGCACCUGACCACGGUGACCUCACCCACACGGCCAGCAGUGCCCCGUCUCCAGCGCUGGUCCCCCAGGAACCCCACAGUUGGAGUCUCAGCCCCCCUCCCGAGCGCUCUGGUCUCUGCUCUGUGGACCACCGUCUCCGGCUCUUCCUGGAUGUGGAGGUGUUCACUGGCGCCCAGGAGGAGUUCCAGUGCUGCAUCAAGGUGCCUGUGGUGCUGGCUGGACAGCCCGGGGAGUGUCUGUGUGUUGUGGCUGUGUCUGAUCACAGUCUGUAUGUGUUGAAGGUGACUGGAGAGAUCUGUGGGCCCCCAGCAAGCUGGCUGCAACCCACCCUGGCCAUCCCCCUACAGGACCUGAGUGCCAUUGAACUGGGCCUGGCAGGACAGAGCCUGCGGCUGGUGUGGAUGGCGGGCACGGGCAGCUGCAUGCUGCUGCCUCGGGAUGCCAAAAGCUGCCGAGCCUUCCUGGGGGUGCUCAUGGAUGUCCUGCAGGCUCUACCCCCACCACGGAGAAGUGGUAUCAGUGCCUCGGAGGAAGAGGUGACUCCUGAACAUCGGCUGUGGCCUCUGCUAGAGAGAGACUCUUCUUCAGAGCCACCCCCAUUCUUCUACCUUCGGGUCUUCCUAGUGGAAGGCCCUACCACUCGACCUGUGUCCCUGCUGCUCACACUGUCCAUCCUGUACCUGCUAGAAGAAGACCUCACAGGGACUGAGGCGGGGCCCCCUCUCCCAGCUGAAGCCUGCGAAAAGGCCUCGCCUGUGGUCCCUGAGUCAUCCGUGCAGAUCCUUGAGCAGCAGCCUCUUAGCAGCCUGAGCUCCGUGCUGCUGUACCGCACGGCACCCCAGGACCUGCGGCUCAUCUUUUAUGAGGAGGUAUCUCGGCGGGAGAGUUUCUGGGCCCUGCGUGUGGUGUGCCCAGAGCAGCUGACUGCUCUUCUAGCCUGGGUCCGAGAGCCCUGGGAGGAGCUGUUUUCCAUUGGUCUCCGCACGGCCACCCAGGAGGCGCUAGACCUUGAUCGGUGAGAUGCACACACUGCCUCAGGAUCAUGAUUCCGGACUCUGGGCACUGGCUAGUGAGGCUCCAAGUGACCCAUGGCUCAGGGAGGGCAGGAGAAAUGGUCCAGUCCUACUGGCCAUGGGGCUAUAUGGCUGGACAGAUGGGCACUGGGGACACUUUUUCUGCAUGGUUUUCUCAGGGAUCAAUAAAGCUCUUUUCAUUCUGGUG